GAUAUUAUGAAUAUAAAUUAAUUUAUUUAUAGGUAAUUUAUAAAUAAUAAAAAUAUUGUUUUUAUAUAAUGAAAAUAUACUGUUUUAUUUUUUGAAUUAUAUAAAUUAGAGAUCUGGAGAUGAAUUAUACAAGUUCUCUACUAUUGUCGCAAAUGCGUGGUGUAAGCCUUAUGUAAUUUUUAAUAAUUAAUAUAUGUGCUGUAAAAUUAAAAAGCUUAAAGAAGCAAGAUUACGUUUGGGGGGAAUAAUAUUACCCCAGUGAUAAAUUUGAUAAAAGAUGUAACCCAUAGAAUAUCAAAAUCUUGAUCGCGUCCACACGUCAAUUUGGAAAAUUUUGAAAAUGUAUACAGAUCUGAUCAAUUCGUCUUAAAAAAAUAUAACAUGUUUUACUAUACACGUUUUAUCAUAGAUAGACUCGAUGCUGCACGCUCAAACUGAACGACAUUCAUCUCGAGGAGCAAACGUAUGCUACGAACGCACGCAAUGAAAUGAAGCGUGUGAAAUUGUGGUAAAAAAAAAGUGGCGAUUACGCGUGCGCGACUUUCGCACGUAUAAAUAAUCUUCUCAACGAAUAUUUUUUUUUUCUUUUCUUAUGAGAAAAAGACAUUUGCUCAAUUUCCUUGCGUUAUCAAAUCGAUCGCGUAAUUAGGGACUUUAUAGAAACACUAUUUUAGACUUUAUAGAAACACUAUUCAUUAUUGAGAAAAUAUGGAUGCUUUCACGGUAGUAUCUUGUGUCGCCUUGCAUUAUAUGAAAUUAAGUAAUUUGUGCGAAAAUUUACAGAGGAAAGUAAAUAAUAGUUGAUUGAUCAACAGAAAAAGGAAAGGGUAAAUGUAAUUCUCGUCGGCUACUUCAGUCAUACGCGUUUCAGAUCUUGCAAAGAAAUGAUCUACACCGAAAUUAACAAUAAGUAUUUUAGUCUAAAUAGGAUUCUUCUGCUCGCUAUUGGCGUGUGGCCCUAUCAACAAUCGAACCUUACACGAUUUCAAUUUAUUUUGCUGUCUAGUAUUCUAACGACAAAUGUUAUAUUUCAGUGUACAAUAUUUGUCUCACAAAAAUGUACUCCGGAUCUCGCUAUCAAAGUUCUAUCUUCCGCAUUUUUCUUUAUUGUGUUUAUAAUAAAAUACAACUUCUUCUAUUUUAAAAUCGAAAUUAUGAAGGAUAUAUUGGGACAACUAUCGCAUGUAUGUAAUAAGUUAAAAGACGCAAAUGAAAUUGCUAUUAUAAAUGAAUAUGGAUGUAACGCCAAACGUUAUACCGUUGCACUUACAGUACUUGCCGUUUGCAGCCUAUCGACUUUUAUCGUUGCGUCAUUUUGGUCGGAUAUUAUCAACGUAAUUUUAUCGUCAAAUACGUCUCAACCACAUCAUCUACUAAUCGUAACGGAACAUUUUAUUAAUCAAGAAAAAUAUUUUUAUUUGAUACUGCUGCACAACGUUGCAUCACUAUGCAUCGGAGCGACUGCAAUGUUAGCGGUAGGAACAAUGUUCAUCGCGUAUCUUCAACAUACUUGUGGAAUGUUUAAAAUUGCCAGCUAUCGUAUCGAAUACGCAAUGAACGUCAAUAUGCUACGAAAUAUUGAUCAUAGAAAAACACAUUUGAUAUUGAAGAAUUUAAUUUGCGCUGUGGACAUUCAUCGAGAAGCUAUGAAAUUGUCCACUCUCUUGCUAUCCAAUUGUCAGGCAAUGAUGUUCUGUUUAAUAAUAUUUGGAGUAGGCGCUGUGAGCCUUAAUCUAUUUCGAAUUUUGUCAUCAUCCGGAAUAGAUGUCAAGGAAUUGAUGUUACACUUUGUAUAUGCAAAUGUCAGUCUCUUGUAUAUGUUCCUAUCCAACUAUAUCGGUCAGGAUAUAACGAAUUACAAUAACCACGUUUUUGUUACCGUGUAUAACGUUCGGUGGUAUAUAGCUCCAUUACAUCUACAGAAAAUAGUACUGUUCUUGUUACAAAGAAAUUCGAGAAAUUUUACUUUGAACGUCGGUGGACUAUUUGUUGCAUCUAUAGAAUGUUUUGCUACGCUAGUGAAGACCUCAGUAUCUUAUUUUACAGUUAUAUAUUCUACGUGAUAACGAGAUUAUAAUAAUAAUAGUUGAAAUUAAAAUAAGAGCACGAAGUAGAGAUUUUUC